UAAACCAUUAUACUUUACGUAAAAUUGUGUGUUGUCAGCAUAAAGGAAAAAUAUUGCCGUGUAAUUAAUAGAAGAAAUAAACCUUUAAUAAUAAGCUAUAGAUAAUCUAGAGACAAAAUAAUGAAACUUCCAGUUUUGUUUCUAUUCAUCCCGCGAUUUCUAUUCACCCCAUUUUACGGUUGUCAUUAUGUCAUUUGUCCAUUGUCAAAUUUGUCAUAAAUACAUAAAUACGAGGUACAAAGUGGUCACAUUGAGAUUUCGCCUUGCUAACUUAAAAUUCCAGAAAAAAAACUGAAUUAUUUUCCUCAGUUCACUUUGCCAAACAUGUUUGAUGAUAUUUAUAAGUUUAUAUGAUUUAUGUGAAAAUGGAUAUCAAUAAACUAGUUGACAAAGACCAGCCUAUAAAAAUUGUUCCAUCACUAGAAGAAACUUUAAACGUAUUAGGUCUGAACACGAGCAUCAAUGAUAACAUAAUAGUGUGGUUUAAUCAACUAAAGUUAAAAUGGAAAACUUGGAAAAUAAGUCCAACAACGGAUCAUCACUUUCAACAAUUGUUUCAGCUUACAUCUGAUCCAUACAGAGAUAUUUUAGUGUGUAUUAUUAGAUGCGAAGAAUCCAAAGAUUGUAAGCCAAAAACUUUGCCCUAUUAUAUGUUAGAAUGUUUACAUAAGUGGUCUGAAUCAAGUGAUAUUUUACCAGAAGAAACCUUAAAACUUCCAGCUUUUCAAAUUGCAAUACAACAAAGAAACUCACAAUUUUUAGUCUUACUUUUAAAGACAUACAAAAUAAAUACGAUUAAGAAAACAAUUGUACCCAUUGUUAAGGAUAUGUUAAGAAAUGACAACUGUAAAAAAGCUUCUCAAAUUGUUAUAACAUUGGAAUUAUUUGAUGAAAUACCAGUUGAAAAUUUACUUUUUCCUCUAAUUCUACAAGAUAGGUCUACCAUUAUUGAUGAAUAUUUGUUAGAGUGCCCUGAUCAAGUAAAACCUCUUAUAUUAUUUUUAGAUAACCUGUUAGAUAAUAAAAUUAAUCUAAAAGAUUUUACAUGUAGAUAUAUUGAUGAAAAUAAAGUAUGCAAUGUUAAGUAUGAAAAAAUUCAUCAUAAACCACUUGGUAAAUUAGUUGCUCGAUUAUGUAAUAAAUUCAACAUUCCGAUUGAAACAUGUAAAAAUCUUAGCAAAAAUCGAACUAGAGGAGGGUUGAGAUAUUUAAUUUAUCAAAAAUAUGUCGAACACAAUGUAAGUGCCUCAGUGUGGGAUGAUCUGGUAAAAGAUUCUUUAAGAAAUAAUAUUGAAUGUGUCAAUGAGUUUAUUGACAUGUUAGUAGAUUAUGAUACAAAAGAAGCUCUUAAGUGGGCCACAUACUUCAAUGUGCCUAAAAAUAGUCUACCAUUAGCCAUAACAAAUUUAUCAAUAGAAGAGGUACCUGUCGACGUAGAGAAUUGGGAUGACACCACAAAUUAUAAUCAGAAAUAUUAUAAACUGACAAUUUCUGAAAAAAACAUAAAGUUUAUUGACACUGGUGAAAAAUUCUAUGACCUAGUAUCUAACUUAGUAAAUUGUAACGUUGUAAGUAUUGACUGUGAAUGGAAACCAUCGUUUGGUGCAACACAAUCACAAGUUGCUUUAAUUCAGCUUGCCUCUUACAAUUGUGUUUAUUUGAUUGAUACAUUAAUUCUUAAUAAUAAACAGUAUUCAAGCUUUUGGUACAGAUUUAACAAAUCCUUGUUAGAUAAUGCAGAAAUUAUAAAAUUGGGUUUUGGACUUGAACAAGAUCUAAAAGAAAUAAAGUCUUCAAUUACUAGUUUAAGCAAUAUUAAAGUUAAGGGUGAAGGAUUAUUAGAUUUAGGACUGUUAUGGAAAAGUCUUAUUAACAUUGGAUUAUCAUUACCAAGUGAUAGUGACAGUGGAGGCAACAGUUUAAGUUCUUUAGUUCAGGCUUGUUUUGGACUACCCUUGGAAAAGGCUGAACAGUGUUCUAACUGGGAACUGAGGCCAUUAAGGAGUACACAAAUAGACUAUGCAGCUCUUGAUGCUUUUGUACUGCUAGAAAUUUAUUAUCAUCUACAAAAGUUAUGUGCUGAACAGCAAAUUAAUUUUGAUGAAGUUUGUAAUGAUGUUAUGUUAGAAAAGAAAUUAAAAAGUGCAAAGAAGAUUACAGUUGCUGAUAGGUUACAAGCAUACACAAUGGAUUUUAAAUCAAAACAAGUUAACGAAGUAAAAAUAGUUGUUGAGCAUGACUUGUCCUAUUUAUUAGCAUAUUUUAGAUACUGUGGCAUCGACACUAUAGUUGUAUCACCGACAAAUUUAUGGCAUGACACUGUUAAUUUAGCUCUUCUCGAAGAUCGAUACAUUUUAACAGCUAAAUUAAAAUGUUCUCCUACUCCUAGAUUUUCUCAACAUUUAAUAUUAGAUGUAAGCCAGGGUAGUGUUAAAGACCAAGUGCUAAAAGCUUUAUCAACAUAUAAUGUUGUUGUCACACAAAGUGACCUUCUAAGCAGAUGCUUACAGUGUAAUGACAUUGAUCUAAGAAAACUAACUAUAGAUGAAGUUAAUGAUAUUUGUACAAAGUAUCAAAUGCCAUGUAAAAGUAGCACAAACUGCAGAAGAUAUGCAAGUGAUGAAGAAGAAGAUCCUUACUAUGAUAAUUUUCUCAGUGACUCAGAUGGAGAUGAUUUGUAUUUAUGUCCUUCUGUUACUAAACAAAAGAAUUUAUGUGCUACUACUAACAAAGGUGCUUUAAUUGACAUAAGCAAUUUUGAAAAGUUAUUGACAUCUCCCAAACCAGCUGUUCUGUGUGAAAAAUGUGGUAAAUUGUACUGGGAUGAAGACCCUUUGAUAAUGUCAGUUUGUGAAAUCAUUUCAUCUAUAAUAAAAAUUAGUAAUUAGAGUGUUUAAAGUUUAAGAGUACAAAAUAAAAGAUAAAGCAAUAAAGUAAUUAGUAAUUAA